CUCUGAUACUGUUCCUCCACAGCUCGUAGGAGUUAAACUCACUCUGGCUGGAGCCCUCCGGGACGGAGCCAAGGUCACUUGGCAGUGGAAUUCAUCACUGGAAGUUAGCCUUGAUUCUAAUGAAAUUAAGAAGCAGUCACAAUACUUCAAAAACACUAAAUGCUGAAAAUAUGGAGACAUUAAUUGAAUGUCAAUCCGAGGGGGACUUGAAGGAAAACAGGGUGUUGGCAUCAUGUGACAAUGAAGAUAACAUCUGCCAGCUAAUUGAAGUUAAGAAGAGAAAGAAGGGGCUAUCCUGGCCUUCUCUCAUGAGAAGGCUUUCUCAUUUAUCUGAUUUUUCUGGAGCUUCAGAACCAGAACUGAAAACAUCCCUCUUUGAUCAGCCCUUGUCAAUCAUCUGCGGGGACAAUGACACCCUACCCAGACCCAUUCAGGAUAUUCUCACUGUCCUGUGCCUUAAAGGACCUUCCACCGAAGGAAUCUUCAGGAAAGCCGCCAAUGAGAAAGCCCGGAAAGAGCUCAAAGAGGAGCUCAACUCAGGAGGGGCAGUGGAGCUCCACGAGCAACCAGUACACCUGCUGGCCGUCGUCUUCAAGGACUUCCUCAGAGGCAUCCCUCAGAAGCUGCUGUCCUGUGACCUGUUCGAGGAGUGGAUGGGGGCCCUGGAGAAGCAGAAUGAGGAGGACAGGAUCGAGGCCCUGAAACAGGUCGCAAAGAAGCUUCCCAGGCCCAACCUCCUGCUUCUCAAGCACCUGAUCUAUGUGCUGUACCUGAUCAGCAAGAACUCAGAGACCAAUAAGAUGGACGCCAGCAACCUGGCCAUCUGCGUCGGACCCAACAUGCUGGCCCGAGACAAUGACCAAAAUCUGUCCUUUGAAGCCCAGAAAGACCUGAACAAUAAGGUUAAGUCACUGGUGGAAUUCCUCAUUGAUAACUGCCUUGAAAUAUUUGGGGAGAACAUUCCAGCACAUUCCAGUAUUGCUUCUGAUGAUUCCCUGGAACACACUGACAGUUCAGACACGUCCACCCUGCACAACGACUCGGCCUAUGACAGCAAUGACCCCGACGUGGACUGGGGCAGCGCCCUGGGCUCCCCGUGCAGUCAGCGACAGGCGCCCUCGGACAAGGCGUCCAGCUGGACCCCCCGGAGCAUCGAGCGGCAGUCGUGGGAGCCGAGUCGGGAGCCCGCGCUGGGCAAGGUGGCCAGGCUCAGGGGCACCCUCGGGGCACCAGACAGGAGCUACUCGGAGCCCAGCAUGCCGGGCGCUCGGGGCGACCCCGAGAGCCACAGGCUGAGCCCCCCGCUUGCAAGGCGGGCGCCGGGCUUCCAAGGCGCGCACUCGGACAGCGAAGACGCGGAAGACCCCUUCCCAGAGGAGGAGGAGGAGGAGGCGGCGACUCCCGGCGCGGAGAGCCCUGUCCAGCGCCCGCCGGACCCCAGCGGGACGCCCCCGUGCCCUCGGGCUCCCCAGGCGCCCCGGGGCUCCCUGGACGCCUCCUCCGAGGGCUCGCCCGCCGCGUCCCCCGCCAGCCCCAAGCGGGGCUUCUUCGGCAGGCACCAGUCCUUCACCAGGUGGGAGAGGCGCAAGCCGCCCCGCGCGCUCAAGAAGCACUCGCUGUCCUUCUCCUUCCCCUCGCCGCCCGGCGCCGGGCCCGCGCCCUGCAGGGGCUGCCCGCGGGGCCAGCCCGCCAAGGGCCCGAGGAAGGACGCGCGGCUGGCCGGGCGCGUGGUGCGGGAGGGCCUGUGGGACUGGCCCGGCCCCGCGGCCCCGCCGGAGCCCGGCGCAGCGCGCCUGCUCGGGCGGCCGGACCAGCAGCCCGCCGGGCGGCCUCCCUCUUACCAGGAGGCCAUCCGGGACCAGACCUCGGGCCUGGCGGCCAGCGAGGGCAGGACUGUGGGCAGCAUGAGGGCCCGGAUGCUCAGCCUGGACGCUGGACGCCUCCCGCCGCUUCCUGCCCAGCACGCGGGGGCCGCCCUUGACGGACACACCAGCUGCCCCCAGACCGGGAGCUGGGAACCCAGGGGCACUGUGUGUGCUUCUGCGGACACUACAGAGCCGGGGACUGUCCCCCGGCGGCCGGAGCCGCACGGACUCAGAACCGUGGCUGAGUCCAGACCCGAGGACAAGAGGGACAGUCUCGUCUGGAGGUGCAGCCAGCCCGUGUUUGAGGCCGAACAGCUCCAGUAUGCUAAAGAAUCCUACAUUUAGGCCCCGCCCGGGCACCAGCCCCGGGGAUCUCCGAAUGCUUGGUGGUCUCCAGAACGUCUGUUUUCUAAGAAUAAGCUCCUUUAGAAAAGUUGUGGAGACGCCUCCUCCAGGAAGCUAGCUAGCCACAACUUGCUGGGUACUGCCCAUUUACGCCUGAAUUUGUGCAAUCUGUAGCAAGUGUGCAAAAUGCAUUCUGGACAAGACGGUUUUGCAAAGAAGCCUUGGCCCGUGUCUGCCAUUUGGAACUUGCAUCCUCAUGAGGGUGGUGUUGUUCUUUGCCUCCUUGGCACUUUUCGGUUGAUUGUUGUUUACAAAUAUUUAUAUAGACAGAUACAUCGAUAGAUAUGGAUAUCUCUAUAUAUACAUAUAUAUACAUGGAGAGAGAGAGAGAGAUGUAGUCUUCCCCCCCCCCAGUUUUGUCAUUCCAGUCUUCCACAACUUCAUUGUGGGCAAAUAUCAGAAGUCCUGUCAGAAGUUUCCUGAAGUAAGCAGCUUGGUGAUAACCAGUGAUCACAGUAAGGAGAGACAUAAAGUUCACUGCCUGGGGUUAUCAAAGACAUUACCAACUCCAGUGAAAGAGAAGGCCCUUGUUAAAGGGUGUGAUGAAUGUUUGAAUCUGCCCUUUCAAUCAACAAGUUUUAAACUGGCAUGAAUGAGUGAAAGAUGUGUUUGUGUCUCUGGUAACUGAGUACUCCGAGCUCCGUCGUGCUGGUAACAGGAUUUCUGAGCACUUCAAGCUUCUCUGUAGUUUAAUUGAUGUUUGAUCCAGGCAUGUGGAAGAAGUUACUUUAUAUGCCAUGGGGGUCAUAUAGAUAACCAUCAAUAUAAGCUCACUACAAUAAAUUGCCUUUCUUAUUUCAAAGUCAAAGAGUGGCUUCUUUCUGACAUGUGGCCUCCUCUUCUUAACUCAGAUAACCAUGUGAA